GGCUCCACACAUCUCACUACGACGUUAAUGCGUUGUGGGUACAGUCAUCGAUGAAUCGGCGGCUACCCAAUCAGAUUCGUCCAGUGCGAGUGAAAGUACUCUUGUUGAAGCGAUGGACGUCGACAAGGAAGAGGAGGCACCUCAACUAAAUCCAGCACCUCAUCCCAAGCCACUCUCUCUAGAUCAUUUCUUAUCACCACUCCUCGAAUCGAAGUUUGAAUCCGCCUGGCCCCUCCUCGAACGCACCUUAGAUCACCACCCAAGCGAACUCUUGCAGAGAAUUGUUGCCUCGGACGCGAUAUUCUCUCGGCGAUAUAAAGGCUUCCGCGGGAUUUUCAAAAGAUGGAAGGCAGACCAUGCGAUAGAUCAGUUCCUACUCCCAGAGGGAGGUAUAACAAAAGUUAUAGGCAAAGCCGAAGCCGAAAGAAUAGAGAAAAGCAUACCUGGGGUCCGUGUGGGGAAGACCGGUCGCGUCAUUGUGUCGAAUGCAAACUUGGCCAAGUGGAUUAAUGAGAUGGGCAAAUUGUUAUGCGAGACUGUGAAAGUGCUCAAAGACGAGAACCAAUCCGGCGAGACGCAGACCAGCAUGGGGAUGUCAUGCAUAUCCACGAUAUCUAUUAUCAGAGAGGUAUUUUCCGCGGAUGAAUUUCUACCUGUUUUCGUCGCGUCGUCAUUGGCUCCCCCCUUAGCGUCCUGUUACACCCACGCACAACGCAUUGAUCCUAAUGACACCGCCGCGCACCAGUCAUACCCCAUCCCCAUGUGCUUACAUACCCUCGUUAUCAACUAUCUGAACCACAUCUGCGGCUACCGAGCGUCUGCCUCCGUGCUCUACGUGAUUCACCAGUGGUAUGCUAGCCGGCUUCCUGCCCAGGUGAAACCCAAGUUGGAAGUAUACUACCUCACGACGGACGACUCGAUUUUGGAGAUGCACGAUGUGUCUCUGGACCUCGUACUACGGUCGUUCAUUGCCGUGGAUACCAAAGAAGGAUGGUACAAGCGCCGGAGAGGAUGGUUGAAGGCCCAAAACGUCACUGGGUCCAUACACCCUGAGGCUGCGCUCAUGUGCCUCCAACUCGCGACUACGACUCAGAGACAGGUGGAUCGAUUACAGGCGCGACACCAUUUCGACGACGAUGCUGCUCAGCUGCUUUCGCAGCUCGAUAACUGCAUCGGGUUGAGCCGCAAGAUGUGCUGGUGCUGUAAUCAACUAUGGAGUUUGAAGGCCCAGAAGAAGACGAAAGAAAGUACCGACCCACACUAUUGUCAUGGUCAUGUUCUUCCGUGGAUUCCCCCGGCGUAUGGUGUCAGCCUGAAGGUGCUGAAACGGAUGCGGUCGGAUUUGGUCGAAAUGUUGAAGCAGACUGUCAUUUCCUUGAUGGUGGAAGACUUGAUAUAAGCUUUCCAGGGGGCAUCCAUCUACGAUACUAGUGUUGAGGAAAGAAAGAAGUUUGGACGAUCGCGAUACGAUAUACCUAGUGCUACACCCUAGAUUUGAUAGACUUAUUAACAGAGCCAUCAGGACAGCGACUGUCUGUGCUUGAGCAUGGCACGUCUGGAGAAAUGCAAUCGACGGCGCUUCCACAGAAAAUUCUCUCGUCGUCGUCUAGCUGACUAUAGCAGCCAGCAUUCUAAUCGAUUUGUUCUGCAGUCUGAAUACAACUCUCGACUGGCGAAUUUUCGUUG